CUACGAUUCUUCUUCAAUCGCCAAAAAAAGGCACACCAACACAUUCCAGGCAGAAACCAAACAACCCCCAAACUUGGCAUCCAUCCACCCACCAUCCCCAAGUCAAGAACAACUGUCUCAGUUCACGAGCGACGAUGAGCAAGUCGAGCUUUAUCAAGGAGUACAAGCUGGUGGUGGUUGGCGGCGGUGCCGUCGGAAAAUCCGCCCUCACCAUCCAGUUUAUCCAGUCACACUUUGUGGACGAGUAUGAUCCGACGAUUGAGGACUCGUAUCGCAAGCAGUGCGUGAUUGACGAGGAGGUUGCACUCCUCGACAUUCUCGACACAGCCGGACAGGAGGAGUACAGCGCGAUGCGCGAGCAGUACAUGCGCACUGGCGAGGGCUUCCUGCUUGUGUACUCCAUCAUUGACAAGAGCAGCUUCGAGGAAAUCCAGACCUUCCACAGCCAAAUCCUCCGCGUCAAGGACAAGGACGAGUUCCCCAUGAUUCUUGUUGGCAACAAGUCUGAUUUGGAGAACGAGAGACAAGUCAGCACCAGCGAAGGCCAGGAGCUUGCCAAGCAACUUAAGAUUCCACACGUGGAGACGAGCGCCAAGCAGCGCGUCAACGUCGACUUUGCCUUCCACGAGCUCGUCCGCAUCAUCCGAGAGGCCAUUGUUCUCUGCUGGGCGGCAUGCGCAGCGCUUGUGCUGUGCUUCGCCUUCCUGGUCGCCGCUCGACCACUUCCCAUGCAGCUGAACCUUGCACAGCUUCGCCAACGAGCACAACAGUCUUCUUCGCACAACCAACAAGCACAACUACAGCUCAACCAGGGCUCCGGCCUUGGCCUUGUCCUCGUCGCCACAGACACUGCGAGGGCACAAGUCAUUGUGCAGAACCUCAGGCAACAGGACAACUACCACGGCUCCAUCGAAGUGUUCUUCGCGGAUGAUGCGGACGUGGCGGAGAUGAGCGAGUAUGGCAGCGUUGCCUCUCGCCCACUGCCCCUGUCCAUCAGCUCCCAGUCCGACAUGGCGCACGCCAAGGCCAUCGCCACGGCAUUGGCAGAGUGCAGCCGCUGCGUUGUCCUCGACGACGAGUCCUACAUCGUUUCCGGCCUUGACGCCCUCAUGCGCUCCCUCGAGACAUCCGCCGCGGUGUUCAUUGGCAUGGACGGUGAUGUGAGCACCUCCAGCAUCGCUCUGGCAACAGGCCUUGACCUUGAGUCGUCUGUUUCCGCUGUCUCCCAAGCUGUGUUUGGUGUCGACAAGGCUGUGCUUGCAGAUGCGCUGGAGGCCUCCAUUGUCCUCUCCUCUGCCCAGCUCGCCGAUGCCCCCGACGCCCUCACCGUCUUCGCCGCGCUCUCCAAAGCUUCCUCGGCGUCCAUCCUCGCUGGUGGUCACGCCCUUGUUGGCAGUAACAACAACGGCAACUUCUGCGGUCACACCCUCCUCUCCAUCACCCUCGAUGACGACAUUGAGGUCACCACCAUCUCCACGCUGACCCCGGCCGCCGCGUCCGCAGACUGGACACACAUGCAGAUGAUCCACUCUUCGCUCCCUGCAAGCAACGAGCAGUGGUGCCUGCGCAUGGACCAUUCAGACGUCGUCCAGCUCAGCGAGGAUUUGUCUUCAUAUCGCACCAUCCUGAGCGCUGCCUCAGGCCACCGCGCACGCCGUGUCGUUUCCACGACGACCACGACCACGACCACUACCACGACGUCCACCACAACGGGCUCCUUCGCCUCGUCCUCAGUCGCCUCAAGCGUCCUCGCAACAACCACAACCACCACUACCACCACCACGACAACCACAACCACAACUACUACCACCACCACCACGACAACCACAACCACGACCCUCGUCGUCACCGUCUUCGAUGGCCCCUCCUCCGGCUGGGUGGAGUUCCAAGGCUCAGAGUACAACGUGUACGCAGACACCAAGCUGUCGUUUGGUGAUGCCCAGGCCGCAUGCGAAGCCGUGGACGGUAACCUUGCUGUCGUCACAUCCUUCCAUGAACACGUGUGGGUGACUGGCUUUGCACUCGGCCGUACCACCAACAACGAGCUGUGGAUUGGUGGCAUCUUCCCCACACCGGGCGAGCUCGCCUGGAUCGACGGCAGUGAGGUUGUUGACUUUGACCUGCCAUUCAGGGAGGGCGAGCCAUCCGGCAACUCCCAGGAAGGCUGCCUUCUGCUGAACGCGCGCAACGAGAACGAUGUUCGCACGGGCACGUGGGAGGAUCUGCGUUGCGGUCGCUCCCGCUCCUACAUCUGCGAGAGGCCUGCACCCACCACGACAACGACCACCACGACCACGACCACCACGACGACAACGACAACCACCACGACGACCACAACCACCACCACAACCACCACGACUACCCUGUCCACCACCACAACGACCACAACCACCCUGCCACCAGUCACCGUGUUCGACGGUCCGGACGGCUGGGUCGAGUUUGGCGAUUACGAAUACAACGUGUACGACGAGAACAAGCUCGGCUUUGGCGAUGCCCAGGCCGCGUGCGAGGGCUUUGGCGGUAACCUCGCUGUCGUCCUCUCCUACUACGAGCACAUCUUCGUCACCGGCCUUGCACUCGGCCGCACACCAAACAACGAGCUGUGGAUUGGUGGCAUCUUCCCCACACCGGGCGAGCUCGCCUGGAUCGACGGCAGUGAGGUUGUCGACUUUGACCUGCCAUUCAGGGAGGGCGAGCCAUCCGGUAACAAGCAGGAGGGCUGCCUGUUGCUGAACGCGCGCAACGAGAACGAUGUUCGCACGGGCACGUGGGAGGACCUGCGCUGCGGCCGCACCCGCUCCUACAUCUGCCAGCGCCCCAUCCCAACCACCACCACCACAACAACGACAACGACGUCCACCACGUCCACGACAACGUCCACGACCACCACAGGCUCCUUUGCCUCGUCGUCAUACGCCUCGAGCGUCUUUGUCACCAGCACCAGCACCACGACCACAACCACAACCACAACCACGACGACCACAACCACAACCACCACCACGACCACCACCACAACAACCACAACCACAACCACGUUCGCUGUCACCGUCUUUGAUGGUGUGUCUUCUGGCUGGGUUGAGUUUGGCGAGUCUGAGUACAACGUGUACGACGAGAACAAGCUCGGCUUUGGCGAUGCCCAGGCCGCGUGCGAGGGCUUUGGCGGUAACCUUGCUGUCAUCACGUCCCAGCACGAGCACGCGUGGGUGACUGGCUUCGCUCUUGGUCGCACACCAAACAACGAGCUGUGGAUUGGUGGCAUCUUCCCCACACCGGGCGAGCUCGCCUGGAUCGAUGGCACGGAGGUUGUCGACUUUGACCUGCCAUUCAGGGAGGGCGAGCCAUCCGGUAACAAGCAGGAAGGCUGCCUGUUGCUGAACGCGCGCAACGAGAACGAUGUUCGCACGGGCACGUGGGAGGAUCUGCGCUGCGGCCGCUCCCGCUCCUACAUCUGUGAGCGUCCCAUUCCCACGACCACGACCACGACCACGACCACCACAACCACGACGACAACCACAACCACGACGACGACUACCACCACAACCACGUCGACCACAACCACGACGACGAGCACUACAACCACCACCACAACCACCACAACCACAACCACAACCACCACAACCACCACGACUACGACAACCACAACCACCACAACCACAACCACGACGACGACGACCACCACCCCUCUGUGGGUCGAGUUUGGCAACUCCGAGUAUCAAGUGUAUGGCGUGGACAAGGUGGGCUUCGGCUCCGCUGAGUCCACCUGCGAGAACAACGGCGGCCACCUGGCUGUCGUCACCUCCCAGGACGAGCAAGACUGGCUGGAGGUGUUUGCGCGCAGCAUGACAACAAACAACGAGGUCUGGAUUGGCGGCGUGUUCAACACGCCAGGGCAGCUCGAGUGGGUUGACGGCACGGACGUCGUUGACUUUGGUCUGCCAUGGGAGGAGGGCGAGCCAACUGGCGAGGCAAACGAGAACUGCCUUCUCAUGAGCGUGCGCGACGCCGACAACAACCCAAUUGGCACGUGGGAGGACACGCGCUGCAACCGCAAGCGCUCCUUUGUCUGCGAGCGUGAGCUGCCGACGACCACAACAACCACCACCACCACAACCACGACUACAACCACCACGACCACCACAACCACGAGCACGACCACGACAACGACCACAACCACCACCACAACGACAACCACCACCACAAGCACCACAACAACGACAACCACCACCACAAGCACCACAACAACGACAACCACCACCACCACCACAACAACGACAACCACCACAACAACGUCGACCACCCAGCUCGUGUCUGCCCUGGUCAACCCAAGCUUCGAGCUCGACUCGUUUGAGUCAAUGUUCCAGCCAGGUGAGGCCUUUGCUUGGGCGGUCACAUCGUCCGCUGGCGUGCUUAAGGCCGAGGGCUUCUUCACCGACCCCACACCGGAGGGCGCACAGGUGCUGUACAUGACCGCGGGCGCAACGGCGGAACAGACAUCGACGGUUGCCGUCUCCUCUGGCGAGCACUACACCAUCACCCUCUCCUUCGGCCACCGCACCAGCCUGGACAUGCUCCAGUGCACUGUCCUCGUCACCACCUCCGACACCACCACGCAGCUGUCAAGCAUGACAGUCGAGCGGAACCAGGUGCCCGCGGGCCGCUUCACCAUCUUUGCUGUCGACUUCACUGUCCCAGAGGGCGUUGAUGGCGAGAACAUGGUGCUCAGCUUCGUCGCUGGUACAGGCACGGGUCAGGUUGUAGUGGACAACAUUGAGAUCUUCAAGACACCCGCGUAAGCAUCACGCACAUGCACAGCACCCGCGCACAUGCAUGCGUAUGUGUUAUCCCCAUUUGCUUGGUGACGCGCAUGUCUUUGUGUUGUAUCUCUCUAAGUCACUGUUUCUUUUGUGUCCAGUGGUGUAUCCAUUACACCUUGCAUGCCUUCCUUGCUUCCCUUACCCCCCUCCACUUCCAUCCGCGCUUGUGGUGUUCUUUUGCUUUCUUUCCUCCAUUUCGUGCCCCAUCCCCCGUAUUCUCCCUUAGACGAUGGUGACACUCGCAUGUUGAAUGGUGCUGUGGUUUGUGGAUGAUGCUGGUUCUGUUGUUGUUGUUGUUGUUGAUGAUGAUGGUGGUGGUAGCGGCGAUGUUGAUGAUGAAGGGAUGACAUGUGCUGCAGAGAGCGAGGAAGGAAGCAAUUGCCUGUAUCAACCAUGGGCGUGGUUACUGGUCUGGGGGCCCCAAUUCUUUUCCCCUGCACUCGUGCGUGCAUGUAGUGUAACUGUGUGCACGUUUCGCUGUGCUGCUGGUUGUACAUGUUAGUGCUUUAUGUGUGCGUGUGUGUGUGUCUUUGUUGUUCUGUACCCGUCGUCGCGUGCGUCGUUAUGUUACGCAUCCAUCCUCCCCUGAUGAAGCUGCAUCUUGACUCUUUUGCGCUUCUCUUGUACUUGUUGUACUCUUGUUGCUGUGAACGCACCGUUGUGUGUGUGUGUGUUUGCCCUGCGUGUUGCGUGCUGCGUCUCUCUUGUGGAUACACUUGUCACCAGCAGACGUCUUCUUCAGUUUUGUGUAGCACGUUGCGACGACGUCCUUGUUUUACUUACUGGCUUGUUGUUGGUUGGUAGUCCUUGUGUCUUGUGUCUUGUGUCUUUUGUGUCUUUUGUCUGUAUGUGACAUGACAUGGUGUGGUGAUCGCAUGUCGCCUUCACAACCAUUGCAUUGGUGUCACAGACGACACGUGUCGCUUCCGUUUGUGUGUGUGUGUGUGUUUGUACGUGUGUGUAUGUCGUCGUUUGGUCUUGCUUUGAGAAUGAAUCAAACAAUACACAACCAAGAAAAGAAG